AUGAAGCUCAUCAUAGCUGGCGCGACCAGCCUAUUAGGCACCGAGAUCAUGAGACAAAGCUUGCAAAUCCGCGAAAUCACUCAGGUUGUUGCUUUGGCUCGCCAGACGGUGCACCUCGACGAAAGUAUCGACUCAUCAAAGGUGAGAACCUUUGUCAUUGACGAUUAUGGUCAAUACCCCGACGACGUGAAGGCGGAGUUUGCCGGGGCUGACGCUUGUAUUUGGACUGUGGCCCUCACACCCCUCCAAGCCGACUUUGACUUUACUGAGGUCAAGCGUGUAUGUCAGGACUGCACCAAGCUUGGUUUUGAGGCCAUGUACGAGGCUGGACCAGCGCGUCCCUUUCGCUUCAUAUACCUGAGUGCGGAGGGAACACCUCGAGACCCAACAAAGGAUCCAGUAAUCCUACCAGACUUCUUCAUUAUGCGGCGUAACACAGAGCUUAUGGUUCAAAGAUUUCCCACAGAAAAGGAAGGAGUCGAGGUUUGCAUCGCUCGGCCUGGUGUUAUUGCUAACUCCACAACUUGGUCAAGAGCCUUGGUGGUCAAUCUGUUUCGUAUCAUCAAUCGCUUUGGACGGACCCUUCCGAGUAUACAACGAAGUGAACUCGCUGCGGCAGUGCUAAACCAGGUCAUGGAUGGGUUCGAGAAGAAAACUCUCUUGAAUGCUGAUCUUGUUCGACUGGGCCGAAGGGAGCUGAAACUUCGCAGUACGCCUCGACUCUAA